UGCCCAGUGUAGACCAUGGCUCGGUGUCACACUGACUGUCUGGAGAAACCUCUCUGUAAAGUUUUCGGGAAGUUGGGAGCCCUCGUUGGGCGAUAUCCAUGGUGGUUUUUGGUGAUUCCUCUGAUCAUUUCUGCAGCUCUAGGCGCAGGGUUUUAUUUCUUUGAGCAAAAUGAAACGAAUGACAUAGAGGAGCAGUUCACUCCUAUUCACGGUCAGGCAAAGUCUGAGAGAGAGUUUAUUAUGAAACACUUUCCAACUCAUGAUUCUCUGCCCUUCUCGGCGCCGAGGCUCUACACAGAGGGGACCUUUGCUUCUUUCAUCGCUGUUGCUAAAGGUGGCAGCGUCCUCACAGAGGCAGCAUUUAAAGAGAUUCUGCGGCUCGAUGGGGAAGUUAAAGGGUUUGUUGUUGAUAAGAAUAACUAUUCCAGUCUUUGUGCCAAAGCAGGAGAUUCCUGCUUCUCCAAUGUAAUGUUAGACUGUAUACAGUACGAUGCUGGUCAAGUGGAGAGCUUUAAAUUUACUUAUCCCGUCCAGAAUAGCACAGAAUGUAGUGGUUUCAUUGGUUUGUCUGUGGGGGGAGUGAAGUUAGAGGGAAAUUAUAUUAAAACAGCUUCUGCCGUUAGACUUGAUUAUUAUUUACGAGAUAACAACGCACCAAAAAAUGAGCGGUGGCUGACGAAGUUUAUUGAUGAAAUUCCGAAACGCUCAACAGUGCUGAAAAAUAUUCAGGUUUCGUAUUACACUUCCGUAUCAAGACAGACAGAGUUUGAAGGAAGCAGCAAAGAAAUCGUACCACUAUUUUCAAUCACCUAUUUCCUUUCAAUAUUCUUUUCCAUUGUGUCUUGUAUGAGGUUGGACCCUGUAAGGAAUAAGUUCUGGGUGGCUGCUCUGGGAGUGAUAUCAGCUGGAUUAGCUGUGCUCACAGGCUUUGGACUGCUGCUGUUUUGUGGGGUUUCGUUUGCCAUCAACACAGCUAAUGCACCAUUCCUCAUUCUAGGUAUUGGUGUUGAUGACAUGUUCAUUAUGCUCUCCAGUUGGCAGAAGACAAAGGUUCAUGCUAAAAUCGAAGAUCGCAUGGCAGCCACAUAUGCUGAAGCUGCUUCUUCCAUUACCAUAACGACUCUGACUGAUGUGAUAGCCUUUUACAUUGGUGUCAUGACACCUUUUCGAUCUGUGCAGUCAUUUUGCUUGUAUACAGGUACUACCGUUUUGUUCUGCUUCAUUUACAACAUUACGUUUUUUGGGGCGGUUCUGGCACUGAAUGGGAGAAGAGAAAACAGUAACAGGCAUUGGCUGACUUUCAGGAAGAUUCAAAUGCACCAUCAACCAGGAGAAUCGAAAUUCUAUGGAAUGUGCUGUGUUGGUGGGGAGUAUGAUGAGAUGUCCGGUGCUGAAACAGAGCAUCCAAUUUAUCUCUUCUUUAAGAAAUAUUAUGGCCCAUUCCUCACUAUUAUAUGGACCAAGGUAUUUGUGGUACUGCUGUAUGCAGGGUAUUUGGCAGGUGGUAUCUAUGGCUGUUUCCAGUUACAGGAAGGAUUUGAUCUUAGAAAUCUGGCCACUGACAAUUCAUAUGUGAUUAAAUUCUAUGACCAUGAAGAUAUGUUUUUCUCACAAUAUGGACCUCGGGUCAUGGUAUCAGUCUCAGAAUCAGUGGACUAUUGGAACACCAGUGUUCAGACUGAAAUUGAACGCUGUAUGGGCAAAUUUGAAAAUAACAUUUAUGUAGAUAGAGAGCUAUCAGAGUCUUGGCUUCGAACAUACAUUGACAUUUCUAAACUGAUGUCUAUUGACAUAACGGCGUCUGAUUCCUUCAUAACAAAUUUACCUAAAUUGUUUAAGAUUGUCCCUUUGUUUCAACAAGAUAUUGAACUCUCACAAGAUAAUAAAAGCAUAACAGCAUCACGGUUUUUUAUUCAGACCAAAAAUGUCAAUGACUCAAUUGCCGAAAAAAACAUGAUGACUGAACUGAGAGAUCUGGCCGAGAGCUGUACAAUCCCUUUACAAGUGUAUCAUUCAGCGUUCAUUUACUUUGAUCAAUAUCUUGUUAUACAGAUCAACACAAUACAGAAUGUGGCUGUGGCAGCAGGUGCAAUGCUGGUUGUUGCCUUGUUGUUAAUUCCGAAUCCAAUUUGUUCUGUGUGGGUGACAUUAGCUGUCGCCUCUAUUUUAGCUGGUGUGGCUGGUUUCAUGGCUCUGUGGGAUGUUAAUCUGGACUCCAUAUCUAUGAUUAAUCUGGUUAUUUGUAUUGGGUUUUCAGUUGACUUCACAGCCCAUAUUUCCUAUGCAUUUGUUUCAAAUGAGAAAGCAAGUGCCAAUGAACGUACCAUCGAAGCAUUGUACACUCUUGGCUAUCCCAUUAUCCAGGGGGCGCUCUCCACUAUUCUGGGUGUUGUUGUGUUGGCUGCUGCAAACAUUUACAUAUUUCGGACAUUUUUCAAAAUCAUGUUUCUUGUCAUAUUGUUUGGUGCAAUUCAUGGCCUCGUAUUUAUGCCGGUGUUUCUGACAUUUUUUGGAAUGAGCAGCAAGCGAAAAGUUGACAAAAUAAAUCCAUCACCAAAUGGAAUGGCAAGUUGUAUAAUUGUGAGUCAGAGAAGCUAUGAGCUUCAGAUACCAAAUAAUUUUCCCGUAGCUACUCCAUAUCAGAUUAAAAUCCGAGAGCUCAUGGCAGCUGGUAUGAUUGAUCCAGAUUGUUUCUAGUAAUAACUUUGACUUUUUUUUAGUAUUUUAUAUUUUUUGAAAUACAUAAUACUACUAUCAUUUUUAGACCAUAAUCUUGAGAAAAUCAAUGUGACAUAGAAAUAAUUUUGUGCAUGAAUUAGCACUAAAUUCCCCCGCACAAUAUUUUCUAAAUAUUGUCAUUUUUUUCUACCCAGCAGGAGUGAAAUCUGUGCCAUUUCAUAACAUUUUCCUUAUGUUGCUGUUUCUGCUUAUCGGUUGUUGCUUGAGGCAUAUCAUUGAUUAAAACAAAUACAGGAAACCAACUUCUUUUAGUGAUGUGCAGAGUUGAAAUGCCACUUUUAAUCCUGGGAAAUAGACUUUACAAUCAGGGAGCUCAUUCAAGUUUUAAUGUCUUCAGACAAUCGACUGCAUUAGUUCUGGAAUCAAUGUUAGAGGCAGAAGCUAGAGAUGGGUGUCACCUGCACACGUGUGGAACUUCAAAUCUACAGAUGGUUUCACUGAGUGAGAGUAUGUAAAUGAUGAAAAGGGGAUGAUCCAGGAUAGAGCCCGAAGAAACGUUGCAUGUAACUGUGAGGGGUUUGGAGAAGAAGCCAUUGGAAUACAAAAUUGUAAAAUAAGGAAAGGACAGAUCCGUGGAAGAAGGAGACACUGUGGAGAAGAAUGGAAUGGUCAAUGACAUCAAAGGCGGCAGUAAGGUCAAUAACAAGGAAGCAAAGGGAGCCUUGUUCACAGGUGGAUCAAAUAUCAUCGGUGACCUUAACCAGGGCAGUCCAAAUGCUAUGGGUAGAGUGAAAGCCUGUUUGGAGGGAUUCAAAGAGAGAAUAGUCAGAAAAGGAAAGAGCAAAAUUGGGAAGCAAGGACUCAUUCCAACACCUUUGACAGGAAGGGUAGGUUGGAAAUGGGUGAGUAGCAGGAGAGUAUGGAACGGUCAAAUGAGGAUUUCUUCAGAAGGGGAUUGAUGACAGUGGUUUUGAAAGGAGGUGCACUGUGCAAGUGGAGACAUUGAUGAUGUUAACUAGCAAAGACAUGAGAUGGGAAAGUUGUGUAACCAAGGAUGGUGUGAGAUGGGAUCAAGAGAGCAGGUGGUGGAUUCCAUGUGAGAGAUGAUGAGGGGAAGGAUGAGGAAGGAGAGGGACAAGGAUGGAGAGGAUGAGCGAGAGACCAGGUGUAACGUGUGGAAGCAAAGGUUAGGAGGAAGGGAGUUGCAGACGCAGCCAAGCAAAUCCACUCAAUCUUUUAACCAAUGAAGUCCAUCACUUCCUCACAUUUGGAGUUGGAGAGGAGGAUGGAGGGAGCACAUGAGGGUGAGUGGAGGAUGUGGUUGGUGGUGGCUUCCAGGAUGAUCUUGGAGUAGAAAACCAAUUUGGUUGAGGCGAGGGCACAGCAGUAGACUUUGGUGUGGUCCAGCCAAAUCUAGCAAAGGACUGUCAGGUCAGAUUUAAAGCGCUACAUGAGUGCUGGACUGAGGGAACCGAGGUGCUCGCUAUACCAGGGAGACUUGAAGGGUUAAGAGGCAUUUCUGGAUCUGGAGGUAAGAGCUUGAGAAUGGCAGAGUUGUGCAGAAGAUCAAUGAAGCAGACUUGCCCGAUGAUGAGGCAUGCAACAUUAGGGCUGCCCUAUAAUAGCAGGUCUACCUAUACAGGAUGAUGUCUUGAAGAGCUUUAUAAAGAGGAACACUGAGCAGGAAGGAGAGGAUCCUUUACACAUUUUUUGGGGGGGUCAGUCAGAUGCCCGAGUCGUGUAAACCCAUUGCCAUGCUUAAGAUCAUCCAAACCAGACAUAGACUUCCACAUAAACAUGUCACAUACCCAGAGACAUUUCUGUUUGUCUAAAAUGGAACACACCCUGCUUAUGUCUCGAAGAGAUGAAAAGUGAUACAUCAAAUGCAAGGAUUACUAUUAUUAUAUACCAAAUUCCGUAAAAUAUCAAGUGGAGGUUGGCAAGAGGUUUCAGGAUGUCCUCCCAAUGUGCAAGGUGCUUUUAUUAUAUAANUUUUUAAUAUAUAAAUGCUGUUGUUGGGGAUCCCAUAAAGUGCUUCCAGAAGAUCACAGAAUCCCAGGUUACUCUAGAAAGUUAACUUGGUCAAACUGCACAGCUUAUCAUUGCACACUGAUUGUCAAACUUCUCGCUAUAUCGCCUGUAUGUUCACAUAGAACCAUCCCACUUUUUGGAGUUUGGGCUUGCAGAUGAGUGGAAAGAAAUCCUACCCCCAGUGACUAGUCUGACUUUCCACAUCCUACUGGCAAGCCAGACUGGAUAGUCUGUCAUCAACUGUGCUACAGAGUACCUUGACCCCACCUAGCUAAGUAACCAGACUACCAAGACUGUCACACAGGGAAAAACUCAAUUCCAAUUUUCCUACCACAUUAUUUUGCAGACAGAUGAGGCCCAAUGAGACCCUGAUCACCCACCCCACCAGGACAGUCACUGGUUGAUCAUUCAUCAUGCAGGAUGGCUUUAGUUUUAUUAACAUAAAGUGUUUUUCUACUUUGUUCCAAUCUUUAGCACUGUGUUAAUGAUUUGCUUAUUGUAGAUUAGUUGGUUUCAUAUUUUACAUUGUCAUUUAAUUUAAAUUUGUAAUUUAAAAAGUAUAAAUAAAAUACUUUGAUCAUG